AUGGCACCUACCCGACGCGCCUCUAGUGGACGGCCCAGUCCUGCACCAUAUGUUCAACAAAAGCUCUCCUUCGGGUCCUCCAAGCCCGCAGCCUCCGCUACUACGAAUAAGGCGAAAAAGUCUGCUUCUACAACCGCAUCACGAAAGCAGACGGAGACACCUCCAUCUUCCGUGCAAGCGCCGGAGCUGGUAGAGCCCGAGGAGUCGAGCGACGAAGAGGUGGAUGAGGCUGCAACGCCGACUUUGCCAGCCGCUCAGCUAGAGCCGGUGAAGAGAGAGACCCUGGAUGUCAACGACAAGUCUGGAAAGUAUAGAUCAUACUGGAAGGAGGCCCAGACUCGUAUGGGACACCAGGAACCUAUACACGGCAAGGACGAAUCCAAGGUCUACGGGAUGCUGCGAGUAUUUGACCUAUCUUACGAAUACGGGCCGUGUAUUGGAAUAAGUAGGAUUGAGCGGUGGACGCGCGCUGAGGUGAUGGGACUUGAGCCGCCUACAGAGAUCCGCGAUAUCCUGAUGACAGAGGAGGGCACCAAUGAUCCUCGACUUGCUCAGUGCAUCUACUUUGAGAGUGAUGCGUGAACUGCCUAUAUUCCGCAGGCCUAGACCCUCAUAUACCUUCCCUAACCGCUUGUGCGUGUGUGGUAACAUUCUUUCCCACGGUUCUCCACAUUCAGUCCUGUCUUCCUUGUCUGUUGUUCCCUGUGAUCGCUCAUGGCCCUGUACGUUUCUCGGACUGCAUCCAGCCUUCGUACAACCAAAUAUACUGCACUGAUAUAUUUAUU